AAGGUUUUAACCAAUGACAAUGUUGGAUUAGGGGGAAAGUUGCAGUCUUGCAGGUGUUACGUUGUGAUGCAAAGCCCACCUACGUCGGAGAACACCUGGUAAGAUAACGGGUUGCAAUGGCUGCGGUGGACAGUUUCUCCCUGUUGCUGCGGGAGAUCGGACGGUCCUACAACUACUGCGUAGAGAUGCUCGCGCUUGCGGGAGCUCUCUAUGCCACCAAGGUGUGCGUCACCGUUCUGAAUAACACUUAUGCGCUGAUCAGGGUGCAUUUUGUUCCCCGGAUGUUUGGCAGGCCUGACUUAAGCAGGCGGUAUGGGAAAUGGGCUGUUGUCACAGGAGGAACCUCAGGGAUUGGGCUCUCCUACGCUAAAGAGUUGGCCAGUCGUGGAGUUGACCUCAUUUUGAUCAGCCGGAAUCGGGAGAGAUUAGAAUCUAUUGCUGAAGAGAUGGCGGAGACCUAUGGCAUCAGAACAGCAAUUGUUGUGAUGGAUUUUGGCAGGGGCCGUGAGGCCUAUCCGGUCAUCGAGAAGGCUCUCGAGGGCAAAGAGAUCGGCAUCUUAGUGAACACUGUUGGGGUGCUCUGCCCUCUGCCCGAUUCCUUCACCAGCUUGACGGAGGACCAGGUCUGGGAGUUCAUCAAUGUAAAUAUUGGAGCUGCAAACAUGAUGGUGCACCUGGUGUUGCCAGGCAUGGUGCAGAGGAAGAAGGGGGCCAUCGUCAAUGUCUCUUCUAUCAGUUGCUGCAAUCCCUGUCCCCGAUAUACAGCCUAUUCAGCCUCCAAGGCUUACCUGGAUCAUUUCAGCAGAUCACUUCACUACGAAUAUGCAUCUCACGGCAUUUUCAUCCAGAGCUUAAUUCCGUUCUUCAUUUGCACCGACGGGACGAAGUCUGGUAACACGCUCUCCAAAAUGAGCUUUUUUGUGCCUUCUCCUGAUGAGUACGUACGUCAUGCGGUCACCACCCUCGGAGUCUCCCGAAGGACGACAGGAUACUGGCGCCACACACUCUUGAUGAUUUUAGCACGGUUUGUCCCUGAAUGGAUCUGGGCUUGGGUGGUACCCAGAAUAAAAUAUGGGCAGAAGUCGCUUUAAAAAAAUGUUUGUGAAGGAUCUUGGCUUGAGCGCCAGUAACAUCUUGCAGUCUAGAUUGACCGUGGCUACCAAACCCCGACUUCUUUGCACGAAUCCCUUUCUCGCUUGCUUUAUUUGUUGAAAAUCAUGUACUUGAGACUUGGAGAAAGUUUGGCUUGGACGUAGCAGAAAGGAACACGGCUGAAACAAACUUUUAGCGUGCUGGCCUAGUACUGUCCACCUAAGGCAUCACUGAUGUAGGGUUCUUCAUAGCCUCCCUCCAAAAGACAUGAGGAAUCCUGUGGAUGGUGAAGAAAUUGACUUGUUGAAGAGCUUGGGAUUCCAUAAAACCAAAAGGGAAGAAAUAGCUGCCGAUAUGGCAUUCUGGGUCAAUGUUCUCCAACCUUGGGUGCAGGGCUGCAACACCCAUCGACCCCAACUGGAUUCUCUCUGAGAGAGUUUUCCUCUGGUGCAACGUACCCCCCACCCCACCUUCCAGGCUACGGAUGUUCAGUGGAGGUGUCGUCCUUCAACUCCAUACAAUCUUGUGCUUGAUCAGGAAGCUGUUUCCUGUUGCAUGUAUGAUGUCUGCAACCAUGCUUCGGAGUGGGUAACACUGUCAUGGUUUUUAGGGGCUCGACGGAGGAGGCUGUCUCAUGGGGUUAUUCUAGUUAGAGACAGGGUGGCACAGAAGUCCUUGACUUUUCAGCCUCCAGACAAGGCUGAGGACAGAAACCCCAAAGAAGGUGGGUCUGGCAGACAGGUUCUUUGGCAACCUUCCCCAAUCUGUCUUGCUCCAGGUGUGUUGGAUUACAUCUCCCCUGAUCCCCUGCCUGUCUAGCAGUCCUGCCGGCUGGGAGGGAGGAGGGUGGUCAUCCGGUGCAUCUAAAGCAGGGUUUCUCAACCUCGGCGACUUUAAGCCGUGUGGACUUCAACUCCCAGAAUUCCCCAGCCAGCAUGGCUGGCUGGGGAAUUCUGGGAGUUGAAGUCCACACGGCUUAAAGUCGCCGAGGUUGAGAAACACUGACCCAAAGGGUGUCAGGCUGAUCAGUUGUAGCAGGCUCCUGAACAGUUUGACUUAAGCAUCAAAUAGGCUUGGUGUCUGUGAAGUGUAGGUCUUUUUCCCCGGCAGGGCAGCUAAUGGACUGUUUGCCUGUGACGUCUUUUGAGUUCAGGGUGUCCUCUGAAAUCAAGGCCUAGGUAUCUUCAGACCCUGAAUUAAGGCACGCAACUGAGGCUGUGCGUGCCCCCAACACCUCUCUUGGCAGCCUUAAGAGGCCAUUGCAGCAGGACUGCUGAAAACAAACAGCUCCAUUUCCCAGCAUUUUGGGGGCAGGACACCAUUUCGGAGAUGAAAACUGUAGUGUAAAAAUAAGAUAGCUAAUAAGUGCUAUAACAUAGCUGUGGUCACAGAGGGACAGUGCCAGCAGCUUUAGACCAGGUUUGUAUACCAUCCUAAGCCUUGUGAACCAUGGUUUAGGGAAUUAACCCACUUGCUUGGGAUCACACAGCAUCCACAGCCAUAAACCAUGGUGGACAAACUAUUUAUUUAACAUUCUAAAACAAAGGCAAACAUUAUGGGUUGAUUAUUUAUUACACAUAACACCAGCUUCCAAGAUUUUGGGUGGUUAGCCUCAUGAAUAAAUCCAGACUCACUGCUUUUUCUUCAAACAAACAGAUUUCCUGACUGUGGAAAGCUAUUUAAAAAGAUAAGCUGGGUGGUACUUAGUCCCCAAAACAAGUGGAGGCAGCCUGCUUUUUUCGUUCCCAGCUGUGAUUUCUGUCUUUUCUAGCAAGCAGUACUUGCUGCCCUAUACUAUACCUGGAGUGAUAGUCAUGAUAUCAAACUGAACUGGAUCAUCUUUUAUCUUUUAGAGUCUUAGCUGUAAAAAAAGUUUGA